AUGAGAAAACAAAUAAAUGUAUUUUUGUUCUUAAAGAGAAGACUUUCUGUCAGCAUGACUAAUCAGAUUAAAGCCAUUUUAAUUGAUCUAAGUGGAACCCUCCAUAUUGAAGAUGAUCCAACACCUAAUGCGCUAGAAGCCUUAGCUAGAUUGCAAGCUAGAAGUGAAAUCCAAAUAAAAUUUGUUACAAACACAACAAAAGAAAGUAAAUGCUUCCUUUUGAAUAGACUGACACAGAUUGGUUUUAAAGUUCAAGAAUCUGAAAUUUAUUCAUCAUUAUCUGCAGCUAGAAAACUUAUUGAUGAAAAACAACUGAGACCAUUUUUCUUAAUUGACAAAAGAGCUCUUGAAGAUUUUGAAGGUGUGCCAACCCAUGAUCCUAAUGCUGUAGUGGUUGGUCUAGCUCCAGAUGAAUUUCAUUAUGAGAAUAUGAACAAGGCCAUGAGGUUGCUUCAUAAUGGAGCUCAACUAAUAGCUAUACAUAAAGCCAGGUACUACAAGAGAAGUGAUGGCUUAGCACUGGGACCAGGACCAUUUGUUACAGCCUUGGAGUAUGCUUCUGAUUUAAAAGCUGAGAUUGUAGGCAAACCUUCUGCAGAUUUUUUCUUAUCUUCUAUAACUGAUAUCAGCUGUCAACCUUCACAAUGCAUCAUGAUUGGAGAUGAUGCUAAAGAUGACAUUGAAGGGGCUCAAUCUGUAGGAAUGAAAGGUAUUUUGGUUCAGACAGGGUACUGAAAAUGAAUGGUAUAAAGAUUUGUAAACCUGUCGGGUAUAUUUGAGUAUGACAACAAAUAGACAUGAAUAAAUUCAUUGUUUUACAAAACCUUAAAUGUCAUCAUGUAGAUUAUAGUUCUAAUCUAUAUUUCUAAAAAUGGGCUAGGUCAUUUUCAUGAAUUGUACAAACCCAAUUUUCUUAGUCCACAUAUUCAUAUUGUAUGAAAGUCUGAUAAUUUAUGGCUAAAAACAAAAUAGUGUGGCACAAAAUUAAUUUUAGACUCUUUCUUCAUUUUUUUUUUCAGUUGCUCUGUCUAAUGGCUUUCUCUGGACAUACCAUACAAUACUUGAAACAAUAAUCAUUCAAAACUUUGUUCAUUUAGUGAACAGUUACCAGUUGUUCCAUAUGUUCUAUUUAGACUAAGACAGCAACUAAUAAUAGUGAUCUUCAUUGGAAAUGUGAUUAAAUUAAACUUUCAUUUUAUAGGGUAGAAUCAGUCAAGAUACUUUAUUAGUUAGUUAUUACAAUUCUAGAGCUUGUGGAAGUAUGCAGCAAAUUCAAUAAUUUUUUUCAACGUUUUUUUUUUCCAUAUAUUAAUAACACAAUAUAGAAGGACUUAGAUAAUAAUGAACAAAUAGAUGCCAUUUUAGUAGGUUAUUGUAAGGCAUUUAUCCUCCAUAUCCACUUUGAAUGCCCCUCCCUAAUCCACCUUAGGCAGACCCUACUUCCACUACAGCCCAACAUAACCAACACCCUGUACGGCAGUGCUGAACAAUUGAAGAAAACAGCACACUUUUUUUCCUUGGCACAGUCUGCAAAAGAGCUCACAGCUCAGCAGCAAUAAAGCUGGCUAGAAGAAGAAGAAGAAGUAAGGCAUUUGAUCAAGUUCACCACCAUAGUGAUACAGAAUUUGGCACAAAGAUAUAGGCACAUUUCUUAUUGUAUAUGCUAGGACAAAUUCCUACUUGCGCUUCUUAUUCCCUAGUGUCAUUAGAGCAUAGAAUGGGUUGACUGAAUCAGUCAGGAAAACCAAUGACUUGGUAGAAUUUAAGUCUUUAAUUAACAUGCCCAAUUAUAUCAACAUAAGGAUACCUGUUGGAUGUAAUAAUAAUAAAAUCUUUAUUGUCCAUAUGGAAAUAUGUAAUUUAUCUUCUGUAAUUUAUAAGAUAAGAUAAUUUAUAAAUAAGCAUUAGAAACUACAAAUAUAGUUUUAUUUUGAGCUCUUUUUAUUGAAUGCUUCCAUUUAGGAUCCACGUUACUUUUCUGAAACAAAAGAAACAAUCUUUCAUUAAAAAAGAAACAAAAGUGAAUAUACAUCAUGCAUGUGCUAUGUUUAUUGUACUGUUACAAAUGAACUAGCUUCUGGCAGAGGGCACCAUGUGAACCCAGUGGUUGACAGGUCAGCUUGUGUUCUCUGGAAUGUACGUGUAUAAACAAGACAUCCUGUAGAUAGUUCAAGUUGGUCAAGUGAUCUUUCUAAAUUGAAAUGUGACAGAUGCUGUAUGGUUCUGCCAUAUACUAGAAGCUUGUUUAGACCUUAUCUAAGACAGAGAGAGAAUGUGCAAAACAGUUGUAAAGGUUGUCUACAGUGCGAGACAUUAGAAGAGAGAUGUGUAUGACUCAAUGCAAGUUAACUGGAGUGGAGUAGACUCGGUACAGUUGAGAAUAAAGUUGAGUACGACUUGGAACAGUUGAACUUCAGCAUGAUACAGUUGACAAGAGUAGAGUACUAAGAAGUGCAUUAAAAUGCAGUCAGUCAGGAUUGUUUGAUUGUUACAUAAGCUGAAUAUGUUAAUGAUACCUUUGAAAAAAGAGAUAUAUCACAAAAAAUAUAUAAAAUACUUUUCUACAAAAUAAUAAGUGAAAUUGCAUCCAUUAUUUUAAGUUAACUCUUUCUCUCCGUAAUUAUUUACCACAUUCUGGUGGAAUCAACAUUGGUAUCAUCAGUUAGGAGAGAAAGAGUUAACCAUAUUUUUGCAAUACCAUACAGGUCUGUUUUAUCAGUGGACCUUACCUUUUAGAGACUAAUUCGCAAUACACAAUUACUGAAGUUCCUCUCUUGGUCUUUCUAUUUUUAUGCGUUUGCUAUAUUGCAUGUUAGAAGAGUCCCCUUUGAUAUGAGUAAAGUUUUUAAAAAAGUUGCUUGAGUCUGAAUUUAAACUUGAGUCUCAAUGAUGGAAGGCCAACAUGUUUUGCCAUUGAGAUAUUCAAGUACUUAUAAAAAUAGAAGUCUAUUGCUAAUUUAAUAUUUUUACAAAUGACCUGAUUCUCUCCAAUAUUGUGAUCAUUGUCACAAGUAGCCUGUCAGUGAUUUAUACAUUUUCCAUACAAAACAAAAUUUAUUUUUUUUUAAUUACAUUCGACUUAUGGAUUACCUAAUUGGUUAAUUUUUUUUUUAUUGAUUCAUGUGUUGUCAUCGACAAUGAAUAAAUGUGCAAAACUUCAACUUGAUUAGAAAAUUGGAAAAGGGGAAAAUAACUUAAAAUAUUUUGAACUAACAAAUCAGAGUGACUUGAUACAAGUUUGGUAAAAAUAUUGAAUAAAUACCUUUCAAGAAGGUGCUUGUGUUCAAAAGCUGUGUAGCAGAUAGUCGAGAGUCUGGAUUAUGUUCUAAGGUCACUUUUAAAAAGUCUAUCAAACUUUUUGAGGCUGUAUCCGGAAGAGAAUACUCUGGGCGAUGUCCAGUUAUUAACUUGAACACAACCUGAUGGGGCUCUAGGUUCUGAAAAGGAGCUGAGCCAGUCACCAUCUGAACUAGUGUGCAUCCAACACUCCUGUAGAAAAACACAGACUAUCAAAGCAAGAAUCAAACAAACAAAGAGGAAUUUUAGACUGCAUACAGGUUCAGUUUAGGUGAAUAGGGUAAUUUAAAAACAAGACAAUCCAUAUUCCAUUCUAAAUUCUGCAAUGUUUUUAAAAUCAAAUGGCACAAACAAAUUAUUUGGCUUUCUAAAACAUUAAAUAGAAGUUAAAUUGAAAAAAAUUGAAAGACAAUUUGUAACUAUGUCCUAACCAGGAAUCAAGGGGGACACCACCAAUCAUUCACUGAAAUUUCAUUCACCAACAAAUUGUUCAUGACUAUUUGUUCAACCAAAAUUUUGUUAAUCCAACAAUUCAUUCAACUGACAUAUUGCUCACUGACAACUGGCUCAUAGACAAACUUGUUCACCAACAACUUAUUCACUGACAGGUUUAUGACAAAUCAUUCACUAACAAUUCAUUCACCAACAAAUUGUUCAGCGUCGAAUAGGUCACGGAUAGUAACAUAUUGUUAAAGUAGAAGAUGCGAUCUCACAACAAGCUUGCUGAACAAUUUAAAUGGACCAUCAUUUAACUAUUGACAACAUUUUUACUUUCACCCUAAAGGCUCUUUCUUACACUCAUGUCCAUCAUGUACUCUUAUAGCCCCAACCCUUUGUGCUUAUCAUUCUUCAUUGCGAUCAAGAUGUUAAAUUAACAUAUCUAAUAGCUAAUGCUCCACUGACAAGGAUUUCUCUGUGCUGUAAAGAAUUAAGCAAAGAAUCUGGAUCUGUUUAAAGAUUCUGCAAUGUUUGAGAUAUUCUUGGUUUGGAUCCCUCUGUUAUUUUUAAUCCUGGGUAGCUGCACUUCCUAACACUUUGUAUUCUUAUAAUUUCUGUUUCAGGAUUGUUCAUCACCAGUAGCUAAAAGUAAACAUUUUUUUAUUAGUUUUUCCUUACUUUUUUUAGUUAAUGGUUUGAAUGAAAUCUUUUUACCAUAUAUCCACUUUAUUGUUGUACUUAUUGUCUCCACUUUCAUUCAUGACUUCUUUAAUCAAUUCUGGUGCCAUCCAGUUGACUGUACCUACACAUCCAAUGUCACUGUCAUCUUUUAGUAAAGUUCUGGCUUGGGAAUCAUGUCGGAAAGUUUUAGAAACACUGAUGCCUCCAAGUUUAACACUGAUUUCACUUUCCAUUAAAAUGUGUUUGCCUUGACAUAAAAAACACAUCAUUUAUAUAGAGACUUUUAACUGUUAUCAAUAUAUUGACAAUGAUAGUACUAAAUUGAGUUAUUUUUUUACCUCGCUAGUGCAAAUUAUUUUUGAAUGUAAAGAAAAGUUGUCAUCUUGCAGAAAAUAAACACUGCCUCCAACGAAAUGUUUAAUGAAUUGAAGAAUUUGAUUUACCAGAGGAUAAUUUGAACAAUAGUACAAAAGCUAAAUGUUAUCUAUAUUUACAUUGCAUAACUUAUCUAGAUUUAUAUUGCAUAACUGUUCUACACAAUAGAAAAUAAAACUCUAGUAAAAUGAAUAAUAGUUAUAAUCCUAAGGGUUGCUACAGCUAAGAGUCACACGUAAUAAAUUGUGACAGCUAUGUAUAUUUUAUCUAGAAAUACAUACAAGUACAUAUUUAACUGAAAUUAAAGACAAUUCAGAAUUUAAAAAAAAA